GACUCUCCCUCCCUUAAAAACACAAACACACACUCACACAGAGUCUGUGUCCUAUUGGCAGCGAACAGGAAACUUCAGGCUGUCAAAAGAUCACACAGAGCCCGUCACUUCACUUAUGAGCGCCGUUUACACAACAACUACUAUUUCUGCUGCUGCUGUGCAGGAGGCGCGUUUGUCUGCAAACCCCGCUUUAAAACAAGAAAAAUGUCAGUGAACCCGAAAUUUGUCAGUCCUUUCCACAGACCGCACUGUUUGUCAGCCGCUGCACCCGCCGGACAAGCCAAACUCACACACCCUGGAAAGGCCAUUUUAGCCGGUGGGAUUGCGGGAGGCAUUGAAAUUUGCAUCACGUUUCCUACAGAGUAUGUGAAAACUCAGCUACAGUUAGAUGAGAAGGCAAACCCGCCUCGCUACAAAGGCAUCGUCGACUGCGUGAAGCAGACGGUGCGUGGUCAUGGGGUGAAAGGUCUGUACCGCGGGCUGAGCUCUCUGCUCUAUGGCUCCAUUCCCAAAGCUGCUGUGAGGUUUGGGAUGUUUGAAUUCCUCAGUAAUAAGAUGAGGGAUGAGUCUGGGAAGCUGGACAGCACACGUGGGUUGAUCUGCGGUUUGGGCGCAGGAGUGGCGGAGGCUGUAGUCGUGGUGUGUCCUAUGGAGACUAUCAAGGUCAAAUUCAUCCAUGAUCAGACCUCAGCAAACCCAAAAUACAGAGGCUUUUUCCACGGCGUGAGAGAAAUAGUCAGAACACAAGGACUCAAAGGAACAUAUCAGGGACUGACGGCAACAGUACUGAAGCAGGGCUCGAACCAGGCCAUCCGAUUCUACGUAAUGACGGCUCUCAGAAACUGGUACAAAGGUGAUAACCCAAAUAAGACUAUUAACCCCUUCGUGACCGGAGUGUUCGGAGCCGUUGCUGGAGCCGCAAGCGUGUUUGGAAAUACACCACUGGAUGUGAUCAAAACUAGAAUGCAGGGAUUGGAAGCUCACAAAUAUAAGAGCACAGUCGACUGCGCCAUCAAAAUCAUGAAACAUGAAGGACCGGCUGCAUUCUACAAAGGCACCGUGCCCAGGUUAGGACGGGUGUGUAUGGACGUGGCAAUAGUGUUCAUAAUCUAUGAGGAAGUGGUUAAGGUUCUCAACAAGGUGUGGAAGACGGAUUAAUGAAGGCGGAGUCCGGCGUUUACACAGCGGCCAAAAUACCUGCCAACAGCAGACGACACAGAAAGUCACUGGAAUGUGCUUCUUUGCCAUCAUUUAAUCAACACAGACAGAGAUAGAUUUCCCCAACUAAUGUGAGAGAGACACCAAAUACUUGAAAAUUAGUAUUUUACCCCAAAGACCAAUUUAAAUAGAAUUUUUUAACUGUUUUUAUGGAAAACUACAUGUUUAGGGAGACUCACUUAAAUUUUAUUUGAUUUUUUUUAAACAUUAGGUGUCAUAGAAAAUUUUAUUCUAGUUUUAACAAUGUUAUUUUCUUAAGUGCAAUUUACCAGCAAAUAUUAUACUUUUCCGUUGUAUGCAUUUUAAUUUUAUUUUCCUCACUUGUGAUUAUAUACUAAGUGCUGAGGGCCUAACUUGAACACCGUAAAACUUAAAGUAGUCAACUUUAGUCUAAAUUAACCUCAUUCAAAAAAAACCCCAAAGCUUUUAAUUAUAAGAUACAAAUGUGUUUUAUACUCUAUAGUACUUGUCAAGAGUUAGGAAACAUUAUGAUUAUUAAAUGUUUUAAUGUUGAAGUCUCAUGACCACUAAAGUUGCAAUUGUGUGCACAAAAAUACAGUAAAAACAUAACGUUGUGAAAUAUUGUUACAAUUUAAGCAGCAAAUCAGUAUAUUAGAAUGAUUUCUGAAGGAUCAUGUGAUUCUGAAGACUGGAGUAAUGAUGCUAAAAAUUCAGCUUCGAUCAUAAAAAUAAAUUACGUUUUACAAUAUCUUCAAAUCGAACAUAAUUAUAUCAAAUUGUAAUAAUAUUUACUGUAUUUUUGACCAAAUAAAUGCAGCUUCAAGCAGGUGAGCAGAAGAGAUGUCAUUAAAACAUUUAAAGAUCAUAAUAUUUUUAAACUUCUGACAAGUACUAGUGGUACAUAUAAUACAUGCACUUUCACAUUUGGUAGUAAUCCAGGUUUAGUAAUUAUUUUAAGUGCCUAUAUUAAUAUACAUCAUAUAAUCUAUUAUUUUUGGAAUUCUACUUGUUUACAUUGUCAUUUUCAUAAUUUGCGUAUAAUUAAACCCUACCCUAACAGUAUAGCAUAAUAACAGUGACAUUCAAUAACUGUACGCCUCAAUCUCUGAAAUCAACACCACAUGCUGUGCAUUUAAAAACUGAACAGUGUUUUUCACCUAACCGAGCGUCACCAAAGAGCCAGAUCACUCAAAUACAAUGUUUACUUCUUUAACACGAGUUGAAUGUUGUAAAUGAUGUGAAAAAAGUCAACAGGCCAGAGCCUCUUAAAAGCUGAUCACGGAUCAGUCCAUGCCUUAAAGACGAUUAAGCGUGCUUGUAUUUCUGUUCCUCUUCUCCUUCUGCUCUCCUACCUCAAGAUGUUCUCGCAAAUCUGUAAAAACUGACAAGAGAGGUGAAAUAUUGAGCGUAUUCAAUAUUUACGGUGACAUGAAAUCUAGGAUUAUAUGUAACAGACAUCGUAUAAAGCGAAUGUUCACUCUUCAGCAUUGUUUCCAAAUGUAAAACUUGUUUUCCACAGCAGACCAGAGAACUAGAGUGGCUUAACUUAUAGUAUGCAACUGUUAUAGAGGUUAGAAAUAUUAAAUAACAUGUGUUUUGCCUUUACAUGUGGGUGAGUAACAGUCUUGAAUGUACAGAGGUUUGACUGUCAAAAAUAUCAUUUGUGCCUGUGGUUCUUGACUCUUUAAAGACAUGUUUUAGAUAUACUGUAAUGCCAUAUAUCUAAAAGAUACCAUGUUGCAGCCAAAUCUUGAUCUAGUGUUUAUUUGACUUUGUAAACGGCAAGGCAUAGGCGACCCAUGUUGGGCCAGGAAAAACAGCAGUGGGAAUAAACGUGGGACUUUAUAGUUGUGUAUCUGUGAAAGUAAUCAGAAUGCAUUCCAAAAGUGUGACCUAAAAUAUGCAUUAAUUGUCAUGCUAAUGAAAAAUAAUGUGCCUUCAGUUCAUGUUCUAAUUUAGAAUAAAUUAUGCUGACUGGACAAAGAGUCUGUUUUAUUUUUUACGUGUGUAUAUAUACACUGUUAUAGCUUUAAUAAUCAAGAUAAGUAUAGACAGACAGGAAAAAUAAUUUACAGAUCAAAUUAAAUAGUUAAAGAAUAAAAUAAAAAUAUGUCUGGCAAACACAAGACCACUGAUUCAUGAGUACUGGAACAAAACACUACAUAACUGAAUCAUUCUGAAUGAAUCUUUUCAACACAUUUCACCCGUUUUGUGUUUUCUGCUUCUCCCAUUUGCUCUUUUUACAUUGACUAUCACUCUGUAAAGACUAACAUAAUUUGAUGCAACAAUAAAUACUCAAAUAUUUACAGUAUUACAA